CGUGCGGUGGUUAAGGCUGCGUUUAAAGCUUAAGAAAGCGAAAAUUUCAAAGCGUGAAAAAAGAGAAGAAAAAAUUGUUGAAUAAAAUAAAUCGCAAUAAACAACUCAAAGGCGGAAAUAUCUGCGGCUUUUUUAGUCCACCACUCAACUGCUCGCUGUUGUUGUUAUUUUUUAGUAUUAUUUGUCAUCAGAGCAACAUCAGGCAUCCUACACCAAGAAAAAUAAAAAUAAGCCGCAACGCAGUACUCCUUCCCCUGACCGCCGACUGUCAUCAUACGCUGUUAGUACCUGCUUACAAGAAAUCCUACUGAACGUCCACUUAAUUCAUCAAGUCGACUUCGCUUAAUCGCUAAGUUUUUUACGUCCCGCCACUUUGAAAGCAAUCACAUUGGCGCCGCCAACUAAUCUCAAUUACGCGAUGGCUGUCAUCAGCGAGCAUGGCAGCAGCACUGAGGAGUUGUCGCAUAAGGAACAAAAUGAGAAAAACCUGAAGAAUCUGAAGAAUACCUCCACUGUGCCAGAGUUCUUUGCGCAUAAAAAUGUUUUCAUCACUGGCGGCACUGGCUUUUUGGGUACUGUGCUGAUUGCAGAACUCUUGGACACACAUCCCGACAUUGGCACCAUCUAUGUACUAGUCAGAGGCAAGCGCAAGUUCGAUCCCAAUGAACGUAUCAGUCGUUUGCUGCAGAAGCCGAUCUUCCAGAAAUGUAAUGAGAAAACACUCGCUAAAGUUGUGCCAGUCGUCGGCGAGUUAAGCGAAGUGAAUUUCGGUUUCAGCGAAAUAAUUCUUAACGAACUCAUCGACAAGGUGAAUGUGAUCUAUCAUAGCGCAGCCACAAUUAAAUUCAGCUCUCCGUUACGUACGGCUAUCAAAACCAAUGUGACCGGCACAAUGCGCACCAUUGAAUUGGCAAAGAAAUUGAAGAAUCUCCACGCCUACAUUUACCUCUCCACUGCCUUUUGUAACAGCAAUAAUCGCGGCCUAAUCGUCGAAGAGGUCUACAAGUCGCAAUUCGAUCCGUAUGAAAUGAUGAAAAUGGCUGAAGAUGAUGCUUAUUGGGAAGAUUUCACAGAUGAGAAAUGCAAAGAGAUUAUAAACGAUCAUCCCAACACAUACACCUUCACAAAGAACCUAUCGGAGAAUUUGCUAAUGGCGGAGAUGUCUGGCUUGCCGGCGGCCAUUGUGCGGCCAUCGAUAGUUUACGGCACUUGGGAGCACCCACUAAAGGGUUGGGUCGGCAAUGCUAAUUCUGGUCAUCUUGGUUACCUGGCCGGUUUCGUCAAAGGCAUAUUUCGCACCAUGAGCGGUAGUGCUGCCGCCAUCAUCGAUAUUAUACCAUGCGAUUUUGUUAUCAACUCUUCGCUAGUCAUGGGCUGGUAUGUGGGCACACGCAAAGUCGAGCAGCCCGUAGUGAUACACUGCACGUCGGGCGAAGUUAAUCCGCUCAGACUUCGUGAAUUCUGCGUCAUUAUGAAUUCGAGCGUAAAACGGCAUCCACCGAAUUAUUUCGUCUGGAAGCCGAGCACAAAAUUGCGCAACGGAUGGCGUUAUAAUCUCUUCUUUUAUCUCUUUCACAUACUACCCGCGCUCGCGUACAGCAUACCGGAGAAAUUAUUCGGCAUCGGUAUGCCACAGCAUACUGCCUAUGAGUAUAUGCGGGUCUUCCACAAAGGCACCAAAGCGUUCGACUACUUUUUGGAUAAAGAUUUUCGCUAUUCCUUCAAAAACGCCUUGUGCAUAAUAUCACAAAUGCAUGAAAGCGAUAAAAAACGUUAUAACUUCGAUUCUAGUCUGUGUGAUUGGUCUGAAUUCAUAGAUCGGUGUUUGAUCGGUUUGCGUUGUUUCUACUUUAAGGAGGCGGUAGAGACCACAGAAUGGCAUCGCAUCUAUUGGAACUUUUUCAAUUUUAUUCACUACGCUGGCUUUGUGGUGCUCUUCCUCUGUAUCUUUGGCGUUUGCGCACUUCUCUUCGGCCUAACCAUCGGACUCGCACUGGCGCUGGCCAUUUGGGGCUUUCUAGUGUGGUUAUAAGCGAAAGCAGUGCGAAUUUCUAAAUCAAAAAAAAACUUGUAUUUUACAACAGUUACUUUAGCCACAAAAGUCACCUCACUACAUUGCUAUACUACAACAAAACAAGAAAAUACGAUCAUAUUAGUUUGUGAUUUGAUUUUUUUACGAUUAUUUUUCAUCAAUCACGACGCUUUUAGUGUUUUUUUUUCUAUAUAUACUUUAAUUUUCUAUAAUUAUUAAAAAUAGCAAUGAGUAAAAGUUAUUGUUAGACGCAAGGGAAAUAAAAUAUUAUGCCUAUACGCAUACGCAUACAUACAAAUAUAGAAAUAAAACCAUUUUAAACGAAAGUAUGUAGGAUGAUAUAAAAAAAAACAAUAUUAAUUUAAUCUACUUUUGCCUAGUAAGUACUACAGAAGUUUGUAAAACGAUAUACUAUAAGCCAACAACAAAGAAUAAUUUUUGUUGUAUGUAAACCAAAUUAUAUAUUGUUCCGAAAACACG